ACUGGCGAUGUUUAAUGUCAGAACGGCACAGCUUUAAGGGGCUUAGAAGCCCCUCACUGGAUGGAACCGAAUGAUGUCACUCGCUCCUGCUUCCAGCUUUCCAUGUGUGCCAAACUUCAGGAUUGAAAUUCCUGCUGUACGGUAGGAAGGAAAUAUAAUAUAAAAGACGUACUUGUGGAGUUUGAAAUUUGAAUCAGAUUAAUUGAACGGGACAUGAGAAGAUUAUUUUUCUUGCUCACUCUCUCUGUGAGGGCAGCAGUUGCCUACCGUUAUGAAGGGUCUGGAUAUUCUUAUGCUGAGAGCCAUGAUGUUGAUUACAGUGUUCAAUAUACAGGAAGCAGCUACUAUGUGGAUUACAAAGAGCCAAGAUGGUGUUACCCGUUGAGCAUAGAAAAUGGUGACACAGAAUGUCAUUCUCCAAGGGGUGCAAACUACAGAAGCACACUCGGAACACGUUGUCGAAUACUUUGUGACAGAGGAUACAGGUUGCUAGGCCGAAGGCAUGUCGAAUGUACGGUGACCAGGUACUGGUCUGGUAUGAGCAGAUGCAAAGAGGUGCGUUGUCAUUCACUUCCUGCAUUUCCAUAUGGAUCAUUUGUGUGCUCCAAGGGGACACGUGUGGAUUCAGAGUGUGAGUACAUAUGUGAGCAAGGAUACCAACUGGAAGGAGAUAGAACAAGAGUGUGCCAGGAGAAUGGCCAAUGGAGUGGGAGUGAACCUAUAUGUGUAGAUUAUGAACCUCCAAGGAUAAAGUGUCCGGGGUCCAGAGAGAAGGUGGUCGAACCAGGGCAGCUGACUACUCGUGUAUAUUGGGACUCACCGCGUAUAAAAGAUGUAGCUGAUAAACACAGCACGAAAAUAGUUCUGAGAGGACCACCCUCAGGUUCUGAAUUUGGAAAGGGGGAGCAUAUUAUUCGCUAUGUGGCAUAUGACAGAGAGAGGAACAAAGCCUCCUGCAAGUUUACUGUCACAGUUCAUGUUAGAAGAUGUCCCAUGCUGAAGCCCCCAGUCCAUGGUUACAUCACUUGUACAUCAGCUGGUAAUAACUAUGGGGCAACCUGCACUUACACGUGUGAGGGAGGCUAUGAGCGACAGGGGAUCUCCAAAAGAGUGUGUCUGUUUAACCGAAGCUGGUCUGGAUUGGUACCAUCUUGUGUACCAAUUGAAAUCAAUGUAGAUGUGAACUCGGUGGCUGCUCUCUUGGACCAGUUUUAUGAGAUGCAGCGUCUCCUCAUCAUAUCCUCUCCAAGUGCAUCUGAUAUGUACUACAACCUACAAAUAAACAUGCUACAGGAAGCUGCCUGUGGUCUGGAACUGAGACAAACAACAGUAAUAGAAUUGGUUGGAAAUCCACCGAGAGCAGUAGGACGUAUAAAAGAACAGCAGCUUUCUUCAGAAAUUGUUGAACAACUCCGGCAAGUUUUUUACUUAUCCAGUUUGCAGUUUAACGCUGUCCUGGUUGACAAAUAUGGUGCAGACAGAGAGCGUUAUAUUCAACCAGUUGCAUCCAAUGAGCUGUUUCCAUUCAUAGAUAUUUACUUACUCCAAAAGGAGGAAAAAACUAUCCUGCAGGAAAGAGAGAAUUUCUGUAACUAAAACUCAAACUUGACAAACGUUUUAUAUAUUUCUAACCAUCAACAACUUGUAUUCAUACAGUGCUUGUGAAAUAGUAAACCAUCUUAAAACACUUCAGAGGAAUGUUAUCAACAAAAUUUGACACCAAGUCGCCAUAGGACAUACCAAUGUAGAUGGCUAAAAUCCUGGUCAAAGAGUAAGAUUUUAAUGAGCCUCUUAAGAGGGAAGAGUUUUAUUGAAAAAAAAAACUCCAAGUUGAGCAUCUUGGUAGCUGAAGGCUGGUUUGUCAAUAAUAGAAUUAUUAAAAGUGGUGAGGCUCAACGUGGCAGACUCAAGUUCUCAUCAAAUUGUGUGACCUGAGUCUCAGUUUGAGAGUUGAUCUUUAAAGAUUAAUCCUAUCCUCAACUUCCGAUAGGAUCACUUCUGUCAUUUGAUCUUGAAAAUACUUUUUUUUAUGAAUAGAAAAAUAUACCAAAACUGAUUUUCUGGAACAAGAGAUGCAUUUCAAAUAUUUGCAGUUAUACAUGCACAAAAGCUAGAACAUUUUCUAAAACAAAUGUAUUUGGGAAACAUGAGAUGACCAUUUAGCUGAUCAAGCCUGCAUGACUUAUUCAUUCAUGAGAUGUUGGCAUUGCUGGCCAGGUUAAUAUUUAUUACCCAUUGCUAAUGGCCCAGAGGGCAGUUAAAAAUCAACCACAUUGCUGUGGGUCUGGAGUCAUUUGUAGGCUAGACCAGGUAAGGAUGGCAGUUUACAUUUUGAGGGGCAUGAAUGAACCAAAUAGAUAGGUUUUUCUGACAAUUGCCAAUGGCUUCAUGGUAAUCAUUCGAUACUUAAUUCAAGAUUUUUCAAAAUUGAACUCAAAUUCCACUGUGCUAUGGGCAGAAUUUGAAUCAUUCAAAAUCCUCAGAACUUGACUUGGGCCUCUGGAUUAACUGUCUAGUGAUAAUGCCUCUCCGAAAAGACCUGAUGAAUGAUAUGUAUUUUGUCCACCCAUGGAUAUUCCCUAAUUUAUUCUUUCCCCUGAGAGCCAUAGAGAAACGCAAGAAAAGUUCCAGAGAAAACUUAAAUGUAUUUUUGACACUACUUUCACUCAAAAAUUCUCAAACAUAACCGCCAGCCUAUCAAUUUACUAUUUAAAUCUACAUUAUAAAACAUUGCCCAGUUCGCAAAAAAUUGACUGAAGUUUAGCUCAAAGUUUUUGACUUGCAUCAUUCUUUUAUUUUAGUUCAUUCACAGGAUGUGAACACUGCUUACAAUGCAAUGCUCAUUCUAAUUCCACUUAAGUGGAAUUGCAAUGCUAUUUCAGAGGUAGACAAAGCAGGAGGCUGGAAGAACAUCCAAAACAAUGACUUCUCCUCCUGAUGCUGCCUGGUUUUCUGUGUUCCUCCAGCCUCCUGCUUACCUACCCUGGAUUCCAGCAUCUGCAGUUUUUUUUUGUCUCAUCCCAUAUCAGAGGGCAGUUAAGAUCAGUCAUUAUUGCUGUGGAUGUGAUGUCAUAUUAGACAAGACAGGUAAGGUUUCCUUCUGAAAAGAACAUUAGUGAACCCAAUGGUUGUUAUAACAACACAGCACAUGUUUACCAGUGAUACUAGCUUUUAAUUUCAUGUUUGUUUUUAUUAACAGAAUUUAAAUUUUUGAGCUGCAGUGGUGGGACUAGAUGUCAUGUCUCCAGAUUGUUAAUCUAAGCCUCUUUUGUUACAUACUUUGUAACCCAAAAGCAUUAUGGUGGUUGAGUAGUGUUUUUGCUAGCUAUCUAAAAAAGGUAGUUUCCAAUGCAAAUCAGUACAUAAAUCAUCUCAUUCAAGUCAAGACAUCCUGAGUUACUGAAUUUGGGGAUUGUGAGUUGCAUUAUAAGUUGUCUUGUCUGAAGAUAUGGAUCUUACUUUUGAGAACAGGAAUUCUCACUGAAUUGUUGCAGCCCUUUGAUCAGCAGCUCUUCAACUGGAAACUUCCAAGUAUGAGUCUGGCUCAGGAGGGCAGCAUUAAGCUUUUUCAGUAUGUUGGGUUACCAGAGGCACUGAAUUAUUCCAACUUUUCCAUACAGGAAGUAAACUACUUUCAAGGUUUGUUUGAAAAUUAGGAGCUAACUUAUGGGAAGCAUGUGCUUUCCUCAGAAAUGUCAUAAUUCAGAAUGACUGUAAAGAAAUUGUUUGUGCUGAAUACUAAUCAUUCAUGUGUUCUGUGUUAAAUAAAAUCCUCAUGAUUUCUA